AUGACUGAAGAUAAACCGGUUAAGAAAGUCAAAGUGACUGCGUUAUGUGAACUCUGUCACUCUCGUAAAGCAGUUAUGAAAAGACCAAAAAACCUUCAAAAAUUAUGUAAAGAAUGUUUUUAUAACGUAUUUGAAACCGAAAUCCAUCACACCAUCACCGAUGCCAACCUAUUCGCACCCGGAGAUAGAGUAGCUAUCGGAGCUUCUGGUGGUAAGGACUCCACUGUCCUCGCGUCAGUUCUCAAAACCUUAAAUGAACGUUAUAACUACGGAUUAGAAUUAGUCCUUCUUUCAAUCGAUGAAGGUAUUAAAGGAUAUCGAGAUGAUUCACUAGCCACCGUCAAAAGAAAUCAAAAACAAUAUGAAAUGCCCCUCGAAAUCAUCUCCUAUAAAGAUUUAUACGACUGGACAAUGGACGAAAUCGUUUCUUGUGCAGGGAUAAGAUCCUCAUGUACAUAUUGUGGUGUAUUAAGAAGACAAGCGUUGGAUAGAGGUGCGGCCAAAUUGGGUAUAAACCAUGUUGUUACGGGUCAUAAUGCUGACGAUAUGGCCGAAACGGUAUUAAUGAACCUUUUGAGGGGUGAUGUUGCCAGAUUGGAAAAAUCAUGUGCGAUUUUGACUCAGUCUGCUGGAUCACCAAUUAAGAGAUCAAAACCUUUCAAGUAUAGCUAUCAGAAGGAGAUUGUGUUGUAUGCUCAUUAUAAGAAAUUGGAUUAUUUUUCGACGGAAUGUACAUAUGCUCCAGAGGCAUUUAGAGGAACGGCGAGGGAGUUGUUGAAGGCUUUGGAAUCGAUUAGACCGUCUUGUAUUAUGGAUAUUAUAUAUAGUGGUGAACAUUUGGUGUUGGCACCCAAGAAGAAGAAGGUGACUACUCAAUAUAAGAAUAAGAAGAAGGCUGCUACUGCGGCCGAUGAUGAGACUGAAGUGAACCCGGAUGGAUCUGUUUCUUUGAAGAGAAAGAAGGGAGAGUUUAAGGAUGGGAAUAGGUGUGAAAAGUGUGGAUAUUUAUCUUCGAAUAAGAUUUGUAAAGCAUGUAUGUUAUUGGCUGGGUUGGAACUUAAUAGGGCUAAGAUCAGUAUAGAUAGCAAUGAUGCGGUGGAUGGAGCUGCGAAGCUUUCCAAGACUUUAGAACAGUUGAGUUUUUAG